AUGGUUAAAAAUUCUAAUAACGUUGAUUCUAUGUUAAAAAAUUUAGGGGCAGAACCUCUUUUUUCUUGUGCAAAUGAUACAUCCUCGGGUUCUAAUACUACUUCACUUGGAAAUAACGAUAUCAAAGUACCUAUAAUUUCUUAUCCAAUUCCACAAGACUCAAAUACACCAUCUGCGUCCUUAAUACAAAGUUUUAAUGAAAAGCAGGACAUCCAAAAUUUGACUCCACAAAUGCCAAAUGAGGAAAUUACUAUGGGCGUCGGUUCAAAUCCAAUUUCAAUAUUAAAUGAGCUAUAUCAAAGAGAAAGAAAAUCAGGUUUACCACCAACAUAUUCUUUUACCAUUGAUCCUAUAAAUGGACGAUUUUAUUGUCAACUUGAAAUUUUUGGCAAAGUUUUCAAAACAGACCGUCCAACAAUUAAAAAGCAACAAGCAAAAGAAGAUGCUGCUUUAAUGGCUUUACGUUAUGCUGUAAAUGAAUCUGAAGGUGGAAGUUCUAUAGUUAUUCCAAAGCUUGAUUAUUUUGAAAAUAGAACAGACCAUAUUGGUAAAUCAGAAAGAUGGUAUAGAAAACAAUUGAGUGAUUCUCCAACAAAAAAACCUCGUGUUAUCCUUUUAGAAUUUUGUCAAAUGCAACGUUUGUCAAAUCCAAUUUAUCAUCCACGCAAUGAUCAUGCGGGAAAUACUUUAUGUGAUUGUAUAGUAGGAGAUAGAACAUUUAUAGGGGAUAAGGCAUUUAUAAAGACAAACGAUGCAAAAGAUUACGUAGCAAAUGUAGCAUUUGGUGCAUUAUACGAGGAAUAUUGUAAAGCGGAGAAAUAUCAAAUUAGAAAGUUGCAAAGGGAUGGACAAGAAACAAGUUCACAUUUAAAUGAAAGUGAUUCAUCAUCAAGUACCAAUUCUAUUUUAAAUGUCAAUAGUUCACAUUUAAAUGAAUAUAAUUCAAAUAAUUUGUUUUUAACCGUUGAUGAAGACAUUCCCAGUAUCAAAGUCGAAGGUUUGCAUAGCAAUAAUUUUAAAUUUAAUUCUCAUUCUACAAGAAGUCAAAAUUUAAACGAAAUCAAUUCAAAUAAUUUGUUAAACUUUGAUCAAGUCAUUCCCAAUAUCAAAGUCGAAGAUUCGCAUGUAGAGAUACCAGAUAUUAAAGUUGAAAAAGGUAGCAAUGAUUUUAAAUUAAAUUCAAAUUCUACAAAUAGUCAACAUUUAAAUGAAACCAAUUCCAAUAAUUUGUUGUUAAUUGUUGAUCAAGACAUUCCCAAUAUCAAAAUAGAAGAUUCAAUUUCAUCGCUUGCAGAAAUACCAAAUAUUAAAACUGAAGAAGGUAGCAAUAAUUUUAAUUUUAAUUCUAAUUCUACAAGAAGUCAACAGCAAAAUACUUCGUCAUCGACAAUUUCUUUUCAUCCUUAUCAACGUUCAACCAAAAAUGCAGGUUACAAAAAAUAUACCAGUUUAUUAUUUGAAAUGGUACAAUCAAAACGUUGGUUACGACCAGACUUCACUUUUGAGAAUGGUGUUGAUGGAUUUGUUUGUAAAGUUGGCGUAAGAGAUUAUUUAUUUAGAGGAAAAGCUUAUAAUAGGAAAAUGGAUGCUAAAGAAUCUGCCUCUGAAGAAGCAUACCGAUAUUUAACCAAAUAUUGCAAGUGA